AUGGCCAAACUACGGGACUCGGACUGUGUGAAAUUGGCUUAUGGAGAUGACUCUAAUGUUGUUAAGGAAAGCAGGUUUGCUGGAGCUCCAGCUCUUUCCGGGACUGGUGCAUGCCGUCUGUUUGCUGAAUUCCAAAGGCGCUUCUAUCCUGACUCACGAAUGUUUCUACCAAUUCCAGCUUGGUCCAACCACAAUGACAUUUGGAGGGAUUCUGAAGUUUGUACUAGUACCUACAACUAUUAUGACCGUGAUACAAAAGGAUUGCAAUUUCAAGCCCUCAUGAAUGAUAUCAACACUACUAUUCCUGACCCUAUUCAUUUGAUAAUCUCACAGAAUGCUUCAGAUCGUUCCUUUUUCUUACUCCAUCCUUGCGCUCAUAAUCCAACUGGCGUCGACCCCAAUUAUGAGCAGUGGAAAGAAAUCUCUCACCUAUUCAAGAUCAAGAAUCAUUUUCCUUUUUUUGAUAUGGCUUAUCAAGGAAUUGCUAGCGGGGACCUUGAGAAAGAUGCUACUGCUAUUCGGAUAUUCCUUGACGACGGACAUCUACUGGGCUGUGCUCAGUCUUUUUCCAAAAACAUGGGAUUGUAUGGACACCGAGUAGGUUGUGUCAGUAUUGUCUCCAGGGAUGUAAAGCAAGCCACUGCAAUCAAGAGCCAGUUGCAGCAGAUAGUCAGGGCAAUGUACAGUAGCUCUCCUCUUCACGGCCCACUACUAGUAUCUACAAUCUUGAAUGAUGCUGAUUUAAAGGCACUCUGGGAAGAGGAAAUUAAGGUCAUGGCUGAUCGAAUGAUCAGAAUGAGAAUCAAAUUACGUCGAACUCUUGAAGAAUUGAAUUCGUCUGCAAACUGGGAACAUAUAACCAAGCAGGUCGGAAUGUUUUACUUCUCUGGUUUAUCCCCUAAAGAGGUUAACCGAUUGCAGAGGGAUUUCCAUAUAUACAUGACUAAUGAUGGACGCGUCAGCAUGGCAGGGGUAACAAGUAGCAAUGUGAAAUACUUGGCAAGUGCAAUCCAUGAAGUUACCAGAGUGUAGAUAUUAGUUAAGCUUAAAUGGUAACCCGUUUUGGCUUGGUUGAGAAUUAGUUUGUAGAUUAAAGUCUGAAGGAAACCUUUCAUAUCAAUAUAUACUCAGACCUCUUUAUAAUAUUCAUCCUCUAUGACAACACUUUAUUAUAACGGCCAAAUUUUCUUUAGAACCAUUUUUUCAUGUAA